AGGGUAAUGGCAGAAAUUACGGCUUCAGACGGGAAAGCAGGGAAACAAACCAGCACAGGAAACAAACUGUGCAUCUCUUGUACGAAUUGGACUUAAAAGAAGAGAAAAUCAGAUUGGCUGCGCAGGCGCCAACAGCCCAUUUCACUGAUGAGGUUCAAAGUAAGCGUCGGAGAGGAGUGAGCCGCCCUCACCAACGGUGCACCGCACUGCCAGAGAAGCAGGUCCAUCAUCCUCAUCCCCUCCCCUCAUAGGACCUAGUCCUGAGGUCCACAUUUUCUGCUUGAGUUUGUCCACCGGAACAUUCAAAACUGUUUCUCCAACGCUUCUACCAAAAACUUAGACUGUUUUCCAAAGCAGAAGUGGCUCAGCCCCCCCAAAUGGAAGUGAUGGGGAGUGUGCGAAGCCACCGUUACAGCAUUGUGUCCUCUGAAGAAGAUGGCAUGAAGCUGGCGAACAUUGCCGUCCCAAAUGGCUACGGAAACGGCAAUGUCAACAAGGGGCACGCGGAGCACCAGCAUCAGAGCCGCUUUGUUCGGAAGGAUGGGCACUGCAAUGUGCAGUUUAUCAACAUGAGUGAGAAAGGCCAGCGUUACCUGGCAGAUAUCUUCACCACCUGUGUGGACAUUCGCUGGCGUUGGAUGGUUCUCAUAUUCUGCCUGUCUUUCCUCUUGUCCUGGUUGUUUUUUGGCUUGGUCUUCUGGUUAGUGGCCCUCUCUUAUGGAGACUUGGAAAAUGACGAUCAAAUGUGUGUUUCCAAUGUGGACAGCUUCACCGCUGCCUUUUUGUUCUCAGUUGAGACCCAAACCACAAUCGGCUAUGGUUAUCGCUACGUCACAGAGAAAUGCCCCAUCGCGGUAUUUAUGGUGGUAUUCCAAAGCAUCGUGGGCUGCAUCAUUGAUGCGUUUAUUAUUGGAGCAGUCAUGGCCAAGAUGGCAAAGCCCAAGAAGAGGAACGAGACCCUGGUGUUCAGCUAUUAUGCCACAGUGGCCAUGAGAGACGGUAAACUUUGCCUGAUGUGGCGAGUGGGGAACCUGAGGAAGAGUCAUCUAGUGGAGGCCCAUGUCAGGGCCCAGCUCCUCAAGUCCCGCACCACUGCAGAGGGAGAGUUCAUCCCUUUGGAUCAGGUUGACAUUGAUGUAGGCUUCGAUACUGGCAUCGACAGAAUCUUCUUGGUGUCUCCUAUUACUAUUGUGCAUGAGAUUGAUGAGGACAGCCCGUUCUACGAGAUGAACAAACGCGAUAUGGAAACGUCAGACUUUGAGAUUGUGGUGAUCCUAGAGGGCAUGGUUGAGGCAACAGCCAUGACGACCCAGUGCCGGAGCUCUUAUGUGGCUGGCGAGAUCCUCUGGGGUCAUCGUUUUGAGCCAGUGCUCUUUGAAGAAAAGAACUACUACAAAGUGGACUACUCCCGCUUCGACAACACCUACGAGGUCCCCAGCACACCCAGUUGUAGCGCCAAGGAACUGGCCGAGAAGAAGUCCAACGCUUCCAGCCUGAGAAACUCCUUUUGUUACGAGAACGAGGUGGCACUUGAAAAAGUUGACAUGGACGAUGAGUUUGAGGAGGAUGAGACACAUUUGAUGACAGAUCCUGAGGUCGGUGCACUUGAGGACACAAACACAGAUCUGGUGUCAGAUUCUGAAUGCAACUUGGACUCUUUACCGUUGGAGUCAACGCCUUUGACAGCAGAAUCAGAAAUAUGACUGAAGAAAAACACAGGGUAUGUUAAGGCUUGCUUUAACUUUGGUCCCAGUCGCUAUUUUAAUGAUGCAUGACGGUUUGAUAACGAU